AUGGCCCCCGCCGAAGACGUCAAGGCCGCGGCCGCCGAGCCCACGCCUGCCACCGCUGCCGCUCCCGCUGAGGAGACGGCCGCCGCCCCGGCCACGACGCGCUCGCCGUCCGCCCGCAAGGCCAAGACGGCCGCCGCCAAGAAGGAGGAGCCCGCAACCCUUCCAAAUGCAAAUGCGUACUUCUAG